AUGGCAGCACUUCCAAAAAGAAUACUUAAAGAAACAGAACGUCUUGUAAGUGAUCCAGUACCAGGUAUAACAGCAAUCCCAUCAGAAGAUAAUCUUCGACAUUUUAAUGUUACAAUAGAUGGUCCAAAUCAAUCACCUUAUGCAAAUGGUAUAUUUAAUUUAGAAUUAUAUUUACCAGAUGAUUAUCCAAUGUGUGCACCAAAAGUUAGAUUUUUAACUAAAAUAUAUCAUCCAAAUAUUGAUAAAUUAGGUAGAAUUUGUUUAGAUGUUUUAAAAGAUAAUUGGUCACCUGCUUUACAAAUUAGAACUAUUUUAUUAAGUAUACAAGCUCUUUUGGGUGCUCCUAAUCCUGAUGAUCCUUUAGCUAAUGAUGUUGCUGAAGAUUGGAAAAAAGAUGAAAAAAAAGCUGUACAAGUUGCUCAAGAAUGGACUGUUAAGUAUGCUACAAAUAAAGAAUAA